UUGCCGCUGAUGAGUGCAUUUGCACUUGGAGCUUCCUUCUAUGGUGACGGCUUUGUCCAUCUGAAGACCGCAGUGUCUUCCAACUACACUUCCCUACACAUCCGGUUCCGAACCUCCAGCUCCGACGGACUGCUCUUCCUGGCUGCAGGCCAGACUGACUACCUCCUUGUGGAGCUGCGUUCCGGCCUCCUGCAGGUAACACUGGAUCUGGGGUCUGGUGAACGAGUGCUCCACUCAGAAAGAGGAAGCCCUCUGAACGACCUGGCCUGGCAUACUGUAGAGUUACAGCACGAGCAUCAGAAGGUCAGGCUGACCGUGGACAAGCGCUCCCAGACUGGCCUGGAGAUGCAUGGCCCAGAGGAGGAGCUGAGUGCUGAAGGCGGGCUUUAUGUGGGCGGGGCCGGGGACCUAGAGAAACCGUACCUCCCUGGGAACCGGACGGGCUUCCGCGGGUGCAUUGACGAGGCUGUCUUCAAUCAACACACCCUCCUGGUGUCGCUGAAGCCUUACCCCGGCCUCAGGAGCAUCCACGAGGUUCACCCAGGCUGCAGCCAGCAGUUCUCUGCAAGCGCAGAUGACCCCAUCAGCUUCUUCAGCUCCAGAGCCUUCAUCGCCCUCCCAUCCUGGAACGGGCAGCCUGAGGGGUUCGAAUGUUUGGUCCGCACUGCAGCUGAGGAGGGGAUUAUCCUGUACAGCUCGAGCCGUCAGGGGGACUCUGUGGCCAUGGAGAUGCGGAAGGGCUUGGUUGUUGCUGUUGUGGUGAAGGGAGAAACUCGAAUGGAACUACGCCCCCGUGCUUUAGUUAGUGACAGGAAAUGGCACUCUGUCAGGGUCUUAUUUACCAAGAACAGCCUCCAGGUUACAGUGGAUGAGGAGACUGUUCAAACCAGUAUGGGUUCCCCCUCCAGCCCUCUUAAUUUAAGGGGUUAUCUGUAUGUUGGCGGUGUUGAUGAUGACGUCCGUAUAGAGGUCAGAAAAAUGGGACUGGUCUCUGUGUCUGGGAAACGUGCUAAAGGAGGGUCCCUCAAAGCUUGUUUGAAGAAUAUCACAAUAAAUGGUGUACAUAUGGGGCUUCAAGAUGCAGUGCUCACCAAAGACAUCUCUGUGGGCUGUGAACCAGAGAAAGAACUGGAAAGUAGAGUAACACCAGUCCACAAGUACAGUCUCGCCAAGGGGAACUUCCUGUUGCUCAGAGAUCUUCUGGUUCCAGAGGGCAGUCAUGCUGCUCUGGAGUCUAAGCACAUCAAAGUGAACCUGGAGUUUGAGAGAUUGGGGAUCAUCCAGUCUCAGAUCUUGUUCAGGAUCAGGGAGCAGCCAUUACAAGGUGAGAUAAGACUGGAUGUAGACCCGGGACGUGAGGAGAACACCUUCAGCAUGCUGGAUCUGUGGCGGGGGAGAGUGAUAUACAUUCACAGUGGCUCAGAAGACCUUACUGACUUCUUCAUGUUCUCUGUCCUCACCAGCAGAAGUAGAUCAGUCCCUGCCUACUUAAAUGGAGAUAUGAUUCACAGAUUCAACAUCACCAUCAUGCCAACAAAUGAUGCCCCUGAACUGAGCCUUCCUGAAGGAAACCUGUUUGUGCUGCUAGAGAACUCUAAGAAGCUCCUGACCACUGAUGUGCUAAAAGCCACUGACAUAGACAGCAACUCCACAGACCUGGUAUUUUCUGUGAUUGGUAGUCCAGGUGAAGACACCGGCUCUCUGGAGAUUGAUGGCCACCUCAGUAAAGCCUUCUCCUACUCUGAUUUGGAGGAAGGGAGAGUCAGCUACGUCCACACCGGGGUCAGGAAGUCUGGAAAGAUGGAAUUUAAGGUCAGCGACGGGGACAAGGUGAGCAACACCGUAGUUCUGAGGAUCAUGGUCCUUCGGCUGGAAUACAAAAUCGCCAACAACACGGGACUGGAAGUCACGCAAGGCGGCACAGCUCUGAUUGGCACAAGGCAUCUGGCAGUGUGGACCAAUGCCGUGAAUCAGAUGGUGGAUAUCCGGUAUGAUGUCAUCGAGCCCCCUCAGUUCGGGGAGCUGCAGAGGUUACACACCAGCGGAGAAUGGAAGCCCGUCAGCACCUUCUCCCAGAGGCUGCUGGAGAAGGAACGGCUGAAGUACGUCAGCACCUUCCGCCAAAUCCAGACAGGUAACAUCACGGAUCACUUCAAAUGCAAAGUCAGGGUGGGCUCCACGGCCACCAAUGAGCUGGUGUUCCCAAUCACAGUGAAGUGGAUACAGUACAAACUAACGAGGAAUGAAACAAUGGAAGUCAGCAAGGUCAGGAGAGUGGCUCUGAGCUCCCAAUAUCUUUAUGUUACUGUCGAAGGUGUGGAGCUGUCUGAAGAUGAGCUCCACUUCAGGCUGCAGACAGUACCGAAGAAAGGAAACCUUCUGCUCAAUGAUAUGGUCCUGAAAAAAAAUUCAGUGUUCAGCCAAAGGAGCGUUGCUGACAAGCAGGUGCAAUAUGAGCUGGCAGAUCAACCACGCAAGGACACAACAGACAUGUUUACUUUCCAAGUGUUUUCCAAGCAUGCAAGUUCAGCAAGUUAUGACUUCAGGAUUGCCAUUAAGGUAGAUACAGACAGAAUUUUAAUAAUAAAUAAUGGACUGUCUGUCAUGGAAGGGGAAGGCAGACUCAUCUCCAAGGAUGAGCUUUAUUCAGAAACACUGAGUGCAAAAUCUGUGUUUUACACUAUCAAAAACCAUCCUAAACAUGGGAAAUUAAAAUACAGCAACCUCUCCAACUCCACCUCUGGGAGAGACAAUGUCUUAGUAUUUACCAACCAGGAUAUCCUGGAGAAAUGCAUAAUGUAUGUUCACGAUGACAGUGAAACCAUACAUGACCAGUUCUCAUUCUUAGCCUCUGUCGGUGAGGCAUCAGACCGCAUAACCAUGGAGGGAGGCAAUGGGACAGUGGAGGGCACUUUCAUCAUCUCGGUCCAACCAGUCAAUGAUGAGAAACCUGUCCGCGUGGUCGAUAAGGUGUUCCACGUGGUCAGAGAGGGGCGUAGGCUGCUGACGCUGGAGGACCUGCGCUACCAUGAUGCAGACUCAGACUUCAGUGACAGCUGGCUGGUCUACACCCGCCGGGCGAUCCCCAUGGGCGAGCUGGUCAUGGCGAACGACACCUCGCACAAGCUGUACCGCUUCCGGCAGGAGGACCUGGAGAGGAAGAGGGUCCUCUUCAUCCACAGAGGGGUGAGCUCCGGGCGUUUCGUGCUGCUGGUGUCGGAUGGGAGGCACCACGUGUCGACGCUGCUGGACGUCCGCGCGAGUGACCCUUACCUCAGGAUAGGCAACAGCACAGACCUGCUGGUCCGGAAAGGGCAAGCGACUGCAUUCAAUUCCUCCACUUUCAGCGUGGUCACCAACAUGGACGUCAGAGACGACAGGGAGAUCACCUACAAGGUGUCUGCCCCUCCAAGGCAUGGUGUCCUUUACCGUGGCGAUGAGGUGGUGGCCUCCUUCACUCAGGGAGACCUGAAGAUGGGCCAUCUGUCGUAUCAUCAUCAUGAUGAUAGCAGUAACCUGAGAGACUCUUUCAGUUUCACAGUGAGAGUUAAAGACAUGCGUCUGGACACAGGGGUUAACGUGACGGUGUAUCUAGGAAGUCAACAGCAACUGCCUGAUGAUAUUCGUAAUAACACGCUUAUGGUGGAUGAGGGACAGCCUGGGAAAAUUAACAAAACAAAAAUGGAGUUACCACCUCCACACUGUGACCACAUUGAGUACUCACACUUCCCUGUCCCCUUAACCGCUCUCACCAGGAGGCAGGCGGAGCAGGAGUUCACACACUACGUUCAGGACAGCAGCGAGACGCUGGAAGAAUGCUUCACCGGCAUCGCCAAUGACAGCGACCUCCAGAAGCAGAACCAGUCUCGUGUGGCGUAUGUCCAGGUCGCGGUCGUCAACACCGAGCCUCCGGUCAUCACAGCCAACAGGAUUCUGAAGGUGUGGGAGGGCUCCGUCACGGAGAUCUGCCCGGACGACCUCGGCGCCCGGGACGAGGACACACCCCCGGAGGGGCUGGAGUUCGUCGUGACCCCUCCCAGCAACGGACACCUGGCACUGAAGAGCGCCCCCUCUUGGCCUGUCCUCAACUUCACCCAGGCCCAUAUUGACCAGGGCCAGCUGCUGUUUGUUCACAGCGGUGCGCUGUCAGGGGGCUGCAUGUUUCAAGUGACCGAUGGUGUGAACUUUGCCCCCAUCCAGAUCUUCACUGUAAAGGCCAGGCCUUUGGUCCUAACGCUGGAAAGGAACCGCCCCCUCCAGGUGUUCCCAGGUUCCUCAGUACUUAUUUCUGCGGAGCAUUUACUGGCAGUAACCAAUGACGACGGUGUCAAAGGGAACCACACUGUUCUCUUCAGCGUGAUCAGGCCGCCAAAACUGGGGAAGCUGGUGAAGGUCGACGCUGACAACUGCACUGCAGAAAUUUCCUCCUUCACUCAGAGCAUGGUGAAUGAGAGCAUGGUUGCAUAUGAGCAUACGCACAACGAGUCUCUGGGACAGGUGGCCUCGGACGUCUUCACUUUCACCGUGACCUCGCCCCCAGCCUCCCUCGAAACUGAGACUUUCCAAAUACGCAUUGUGUACGAAAACGCCAGAGCUGAACGUGAAUAUCCCCUCCUUGCAAACAGUGGGGCUGUGGUGAUUGAAGGGGAGAGAGUUACCAUUGACAAGUCAAAGCUGGAUGCCUCUAACCUCUUGGAGGAACUUCCUAAGUUGCAGCAGGACUCCUAUGAAGUCUGGUACUGGGUCAAGCUCCUACCCCAGCACGGAGUCAUCAUUGCAGGUGAGCAGAACCUAACCAAUCAGAAGCCCAGUUUCUCCCAGUCUGUCCUGACCAAGGAGGGGAUCAUAUACCUGCAUGACAACUCUGAGACGAACCACGAUAGCUUCGUCUUUAGGGCGUGGCUAAAACUUAAGAGCAGGCCGGACCAGCGGCCUCUGGAGGACAGCAAAGCGGUGGAGGCAUCGUUCAACAUCACGGUCGUGCCUGUGAAUGACCAGCCACCAGAGCUAAAGACACUGGCCCCCAGUCUGAGCGUGGAGCGGGGAGGCAGAGUGGCCUUGGGUCCUGAAAACCUCAAUGUGGUGGAUCUGGACAACCCUCCUGAGGACAUCAAAUACACUCUGAUCCGCAAACCGAACAAUGGCUUCUUGGCCCUGGAGGGUAGUCUGAAUGGGUCUGUAGUGGCCUUCACCCAGGCCCAAAUAAACAGGGGGAAAGUGUAUUUCAUCCAAGGUGGAAGCCUCAUCUCUGGAAAUUUUUACCUGAGUGUUACAGAUGGCCAUCACCAGCCAGUCUACACAGAGUUCAAUGUGGAGGUGACUGAGAAUGAGACCGGCAACUCUCUUGUUAAGAAACCUAAUCUGACACUGGAGCAAGGUCAGACCUCUGCAGUUCUGACCCAUGAGCAUCUCACAGCGGCAACUAGUGGGAAGGAUACAACCAUACAUUACCAGGUGACAAAGCCUCCACGUUAUGGCAACCUUCUCAUUGACAAUAACAUAGUAACCCAGUUUGACCACACAGAUCUGCAGCUGGGAAAGUUGUCUUAUCACAUGGUAGACCUGUCGUCCUCCCAUGAUAGCUUUGAGCUCACUAGCUUUGUGUCGGAGGGUAAUGGGACCAGGCAGGUCGUCAACAUUACAGUGAAACCCUUCAUCCGAAUAGCAGAAGAUGCGAGGCUCCCGAAUGGUAUUGCUGUAAAACUGGGGACAGAUUUACUUGACGCCACUGAGUUAUCCACCUUAAGUGGCAGCGACCCUCAUUUUGAAGUUCUGUCCUCUCCCAAGCCCGGCAAGAUGGUCCAAAUCCUGACUGUCAAGGAUGGGGUGUCCCAGCCUGUGACGUCCUUCUCCUUCCAGGAUGUGGAGCAGGGAAGAGUAGCCAUCGUGGCAACUGUGAACACCACCAUAGACCAGGAGCUGAAUGACUCGUUGGGGUUCGUCCUAAAAGCGGACAAUGUGCAACCCGCGAGGGGUGAGCUUCUGUUCACCAUUGUACCCCAACACCAGGUGCAAAUAAAAUCAGUCCAGACACCCAGACACACCCAGGCUGAGGAGGAUCUAUUGGAUACUCCAUCAAACUCACAGAGCUCUCACAAGACCUUAGAAAGCACAAAUGGUCAGAUUCACAUGGGCAUUCGUAAACAGAAUAAUUCAUCACUCCAGACUGUCCCAAGACCCACCUCGGGGAAACGGGACAUUUUUCAGAGGAGCACCCCUGUGGGGGUGGAGUCCUUCUCCACACAGGCCUCUAACACCCUGCUGAUCAUCCUGCCCGUGAUGGCUGUCCUCUUCCUCAUUGUCAUCAUAGUUGUGCUGACCCUAGUCUCCUGCUACCACGGCGACAAGCAAAGCCUCUCGAGUGGGACAGACUCUGGCCAGCCAGAGGUGAGCGCUGCUCUCCCUUCCGUUACAGUCACCCCACUGGCCCCUGGCUACCAGGGAAGUCCAGUUCAGGAAAAGCCCGACCAGGAAACUCUGGCACCUAUGGUUGGGCCUCACGACCCCUGUCUGAUGCUCUGUGCCUUGCCCAUCUCAAACCAGGCUGUCCAACAACUGGCCACAAGCCCAACACUGCAGCACAACCAGUACUGGGUAUGA